AUGUACUAUCCUGUGAGUAACGGCAAUGUCAUCGAUACAGGAACACCUACACUACUGCACAUGGUGGGCACGGGGAUGGCGGCCCCGUUCCCUGCGGCGGCGGCGGCUGCGGCGGCAGCAGCUCAAUUCGCCGCGAAUGGAGACCUGAGCGGUGUAAAGGCAGAAAGCGGGCCGACGGCGCAGGCCCAGCCCGCACUGGUCAAAAGUGAAGGUCAACAAACACAAACUCAGCUCCCGCCUAGUAAUUUCUCCCCGCAACCGUCAUCACAGCCACACACGCAGAACUCAAUAGAAAAUCAAAAUAAUAACUCACAAAGUGAAGGCGAAUCAAACGAGGAAAGUACACCGGUGAGCGUGGCGGCGGCUGUGGCGCAGCAAGCGGCAGCGGCACACGCAGCGGCAGCGGCCGUGAGCGCGGCCGUGGCCGCCGGUGCAGCCCCUCCCGCACCCCCCGACAAGGCUCUCGUCCCAGUCUCUCAAGCCUCACAACCGAAACGCCUCCACGUAUCAAACAUCCCCUUUAGAUUCAGAGACCCAGAUCUAAGAAAUAUGUUCGGGCAAUAUGGCACAAUACUUGAUGUAGAAAUUAUCUUCAAUGAACGCGGUUCCAAGGGAUUCGGUUUUGUAACAUUCGCAAAUAGUGGUGAUGCGGAGCGAGCACGAGAGCGUCUACACGGCACCGUGGUUGAGGGCAGAAAGAUAGAGGUUAAUAACGCUACAGCGAGAGUGCAGACAAAGAAACCACCUGCGGUCCCUAACGUGUGUGUCCAGUGGCCGGAAGUGUCGCCGGUGGUUAGUCAGUGUGUAGAGGCGCGAUGUGUGCGCAGGGCUGCGGGUGUCCGGCGUGACGUGGCCGUGGCUGGGCGCGGCGCCGGCGGCCGCGCCCGCGCCGCCGCUCGUGUUGGCGCCGCGCGCCGCCCAGCGACGCAGGUACCCCGCACCCCGCACCCGCACCCGCACCCGCAUGCCAGUAUAUGUGUGUUGCAUGUAGCUCCGGCGCUCCGCGGCGCGGCCGUGCUGCGGGGCCGCUCGCCGCGCCUCUCCCCCGCCGCUCCCGCGCACCCCCACCCCCUCCAACAGGCAGUGUUGCCCCGCGCCGCAUUCGCAUCGCCGUUGCACGCAUAUGCACCUGUGUAUUACGACCCGUUCUUAGCUGCAGCAGCUACUGCUGACUCCAACUACAGACUCCAGGCGGCGGCAGCAGCAGCAGCGGCGGCGGCCCCGCUGCUGAAGUCCCCGCUGACGACGGCGCAGCACGCGGCCGCGGCUGCCGCGGCGGCCAACUACGGGGCCGCAGCGCGCGCCGUCGCCGCCGCCGUCAACGCGGCCCCCGCGCCCACCGCGCUGACGCCCCUGGCUGCCACGUACGGCAGAGAGUAUGCAGAUCCGUACCUGGGUCACGGCAUCGGACCGGUAACAGGCUACGGGACGGCGGUGUACAGAAGCGGAUACAACAGAUCUAAUCUAGUAUCGCUCGGCGCCUCGCGCUCAUAUCCGCUGCGCCGCCUCGGGCUGCCAGUGGAAAGUCAUACUUACAUAUCUAUGGUAUUACAGAUCGGAUCCGUUCAUUCGAUACCGCUGUGCACAAUCCGAGGCUUCUACGACCCGCGGGCUCGAGCUGCGCCGGCGCUAGCGCCUAGCGGCCGGCCUAGGAUGUGUGGGCACGUUGCUCAUUCACAACUUUGCCCCAUUUCGAUACAGAUAUUGUGUCUACUACUGAUUGUUAAAAUUAAGAACGUGCCGCAGCACGUGGCAGUGCGCGAUCGAUGCUUGCGACCUCAGGUAACCGGCACGUUACGAAGUUUAAGCCAUAAUAACGCGUUCUGUUCUACUAAAUUAAAUAAAGGGAUGGGUACCUCCAGCCAAGACAGGUGGGCUUCUAGAGGAGGUUUUAAUUUAGCCUCUCCCGCACGGCGCGACGACACUAACGAACGUAGAGAAACGAUUGUUAAGCUACCUGAAAUGGUCCAAGACGUACAAGACGUCGAGGCAAGGUUUGAAAGUAAAGCUGCGAAUGGCAAUGUUGCACAUUUUAAAAAGAGUAUUACAUUACCAGUGGAUUCUGCAUGGUCUAGUAAAAAAUCAAGCUACGUAAGCAUUCAAAGCGAUAAAUCCACAGGAAGCAUCAAUAAUUUUAGGGAUUCAGAUUCUGACGAAAGGAAAAGCAGUGCUGGUCGCAAAACAAUCUCAGACUUAGUUCAAAGUGAUCCUCAGAAACAAGGUCGAAGGAAGCGUGGUAUUAUUGCACCGCAUGCACCCUUCGAUACUGGAAGACUCCCAUCAGACUUAAACUAUGAAAAAUUUACCAAAGAUGAAAAAUCAGCAGAGCAGAUUAAAAAGGCGAUAAUGGCCAAUGACUUUCUAAGAAAUAUAAUGGAUGAGGAACGUCUUUAUGCAGUCGUCGAAGCUAUGAGUUCCCAAGAGUUCCCCGCAGGGAGUCUGAUGAUUCGAGAAGGAGAAAGCGGGAGUCACUUAUACGUGUCGGCACAUGGGCAAUUUGAAGUAUUAAAAGGAGGUCAAGUUGUAAAGAACUUUGGUCCUGGAGAAGCUUUUGGAGAACUGGCUAUUUUAUAUAAAGCUAAACGAUUCGCUUCUAUAAGAUGUAUCACCGAGGCAAAAGUAUGGACUUUAGAGCGACGAGUAUUUCAAAAAAUUAUGGUGCGAAGUGGGCGCCAAGAACAGGAGGAUAAUGUUCGAUUUCUAUCAUCUGUACCUCUACUGCAGGGAAUUCAUCCCAUAGAAUUGGCUAAAAUUGCUGACUUUUUGAAAAGGGAGUUCUUUUCUGCUGGAACAGCGGUGGUGCGUCAGGGCGACCAUGGAGACAAGUUUUACAUCAUUCGUGGAGGUACAGUGGUCGUGACGAAGCGAGAAGAGGACGGUGACGAGAGACGCGUGGGUGCUCUACGAAGGGGUGACUACUUCGGAGAGCAGGCGCUACUGCACGAGGAUAGGCGUCUUGCAACAGUGACCGCACUACCUCCCGGCGUCGAGUGCUUAACAUUAGAACGCGGUCCAUUCACAGAGCUGCUAGGCAAUUUAGGAGAACUGAAAAAUGUAAGGCAUUCUGACCCAAGACCAUCACAACAGAAAAAGACGUCAGUUAUCAAAAGCGAAUACCAAUUCGUGGAGUUAAAGGAUCUAGAAAUAGUUGGUACCAUGGGAGUAGGUGGAUUUGGACGGGUUGAACUAGUUCAAUACAAACGAAACCCAUCGCUUACCUUUGCUCUUAAAUGUCUGAAGAAAGUGGACAUGGUACAACAACAACAGCAAGAACAUGCUUUUAAUGAGAAAAAUAUUAUGAUGAUAUGUAAUAGUAGAUUUAUUUGCAGAUUAUACAGUACCUUUAAAGACAAUAAGUACAUUUACUUUCUGAUGGAGCCGGUGUUGGGUGGAGAUGUGUGGUCAAUACUCCAAAAACAGCGGUAUUUCCCAGAAAACGUCGCCCGUUUCAUGACCGCCUGCGUUGUCGAAGCUUUCCAAUAUUUGCAUUCUAAAGAUAUUAUCUAUAGAGAUCUAAAACCUGAAAACUUAAUGUUAGAUAAACAGGGCUAUAUUAAAUUAGUUGAUUUUGGAUUUGCGAAAAGGUUAACCAUAAAUAGCAAAACUUGGACCUUUGCGGGCACACCUGAAUAUGUUGCGCCGGAAAUUGUUCUCAACAAGGGUCAUGAUCGUGCUGUAGACUGUUGGGCGCUGGGCGUGUUCGUGCACGAGCUGUUAGUAGGCAAGCCGCCAUUCCGCGCGCCCGGUGGCGACCACAUGAAGACCUACACUCUUAUCCUGCGGGGCAUCGACGCAGUGACCUUCCACCCGCGAGUGCCCAAGUCCGCGCAGCUACUCAUCCGCAAGCUGUGCCGGGCGGUCCCCGCUGAGCGACUCGGUUACCUUAAAAAUGGCAUCGUUGAUAUAAAAAAUCACAAGUGGUUCCUCGGAUUUGACUGGGAAGGGUUGCGCGAAGGCAAGUUAAAAGCACCACUUAUACAACCCGUAGCCAAUGACCUCGAUCUCUCCAACUUUGAGAAGUAUCCUAAGGAUAAGCUACCUCCGGAUGAAACAUCUGGCUGGGAUAUUAACUUU